AUGGCCGACUCUCCUCUCGACCAGAAUGCUGUCUUUGUGCACGACAACAGCGUGCCUCCUGUGCAUAACAGUUUGUUUUCACUUUUCUCGCUCAAAGGAAAGACUGCUAUCGUCACCGGUGGUGGUGCCGGUAUCGGUCUUGCUGUCGCCCAGGGUCUCGCAGAAGCCGGUGCCAACAUUGCUUUGUUCUACAACACAAACGAGAAGGCACCAGAGCGUGCUGCUGAGAUCGAGAAGCAGUAUGGUGUCAAGGCCAAAGCAUACCAAGCCGAUCUGCGUGACCAGAAGAAGGCCGAGGCUACCAUCAACGAGGCCGUUAAGGACUUCAACGGCCGCCUCGACGUUUUUAUCGCCAACGCCGGUAUUCCAUGGACCCAAGGUGCCACUGUUGACGGUCCCAUCCAACACUACCUCGAUGUUGUUCAGACCGAUCUCGACGCUACCUGGUACUGCGCUCGCGCUGCAGCUGCUCACUGGCGACGACAGAAGGAGGAGGGUACCGACUUGAACGGUAACAAGCUCGAGAACUUCACAUACGGAAGCUUUGUCGCUACUGCUUCCAUGAGCGGUCACAUCGUCAACAUUCCCCAACUUCAGGCUCCUUACAACGCCGCUAAGGCCGGUGUCCGUCACCUCGUCAAGUCUCUCUCCGUUGAGUGGCCCAAGUUCGCUCGUGCCAACACUAUCUCUCCCGGAUACAUUGCCACCGAGAUCUCCAACUUCAUUCCUCGAGAGACUCACGACCUCUGGAAGUCCAAGAUCCCCAUGGGCCGUGAGGGUAUGCCAGAAGAACUCAAGGGCGCUUUCUUGUACCUUGCUAGCGAUGCCUCCAGCUACACUACUGGAACCGAUAUCAUCGUCGACGGUGGCUACUGUGCCCCAUAA